AUGUUUAAGGCUCUUCGUUUACCGGUUCAUCAUGUGAAACUGGCUUUUCCAAAUGAGAUAGCUGUGCUCUUUGAUCGAGUUUACUACAGUUUCUAUCUGAAGAGGCACGGAAACGACGAUCAGAUAAGGAGUCUGAAUGAUCUUCCGGCGAGCGUUGACAUACGUGCUACAAGUCUCGGAAACAUAGGUCGACUAACUUGGUCAAAUCAAGGGAAGACCAUUGGAGAAUGGAUUCAUCAUUUUUGCUCAAUUUCUAAACCCGAGACUCGUUAUCAAGUCAGUAUUGAAACUGAAAGAAUGAGAUUUGAGAUACACUCCCUUCGGAAUACUUUUCCAAAGCUCAGGAAGAUCACUAUAUACUGUUCUCAAGAUGAAUCAAACGAAAACUGCCUUUCGUCAUCUGAAACAUGUUUGAGAGCUUUUCUACCGAAUCUUGAAAGUCUCGUAUUGUAUGGAUUGCCUCCUAAUCUGCCAAUUGGAAUUAUUGGAAUGACGAAUUUGAAAGCUUUGGAGCUAUAUCAUGAUCAUUCUCCGCUCGAACUGAAAACGGAGGAUUUUCUAUCAUUGAAUGUUAGAAGUUGCAUCAUAAAAGUCAAUGAAUUCUCGCUUCGGGACUUGAACCGUUUCUUUAAGAAGUGGAUAAAAGGAUCCAAUCCAAGAUUGAAAGAUUUGCACAUUUAUGGAUAUUUGUCGGGAUUUCCAGAUUGGAAAUUAUUACUCCUUGUUAUCUGGAUAUCCAGAAUCUAUACUGCAGUGGACCCUAACUAA